AUGGCCGAAUCAUCAGCUGCAGAGAAAUCCCCCUCAGAUAUUAUUCUCGGUUCACAUUCUGCUGAUGUCGUGCACUUCAAUGGAUCUGAUGACCCUUUCAACCCCGCCAACUGGCCAUUUCCCAAAAAAUUCGUUACCAGUGCGCUUUACGGCUUGAUGAGUUUCGGAUCUGUCUGGGCUUGUGCUAUAUAUGCCUCUAGCAACAGCCAGAUCGCAGCUGAAUUCCAUGUCUCCCCUGUAAUUGGAACAAGUCUCCUUAAUUUUGGGGAUUCUUUGGAUCGGCACCCAUUACAUGUACGGAGGAGUGUAGUUGUUGAUAUCUUGGAUAUACCGCAACAAGGCAAUACUUUUGUUGGCUAUACACUUGUUGUCUGCGUCAUUCUUUCGAUAGUUAGUUCAUCAGAUGUUUCAGUUAGUUUCACCAUCCUCGACAACGGGAUUCUACAAAUCCUUAUACUACCCCGCGAUCCCACUGGCAACCCCUCAUUGCACGCGGAAUGGAAAGAAAACACCAUCUCGGUCAAAGAACUAAUAGUUAACGAUCAAAUUUGGCCUGCGCCCCCUUCAGCUGCUAAUGACACCAAUCUGCUUCGCCAUCACCGUCUUACGUUUCAUUCAUCUACAGCGUAUUCGACGCCAGCCUCGUAUCUUUCCCUGUCAUCUUCUCGUAAACUCGGGGCUGGAACUGGCUUCUCGCACUCCUAA